UUGACAGAAAUGAUGUUGCUUACAGCAGCUGCUAGGAUAGAUCCAUAAGAGAAAGUGUUCUUUAAGCUCCGUGUUCAUGAAGAUGACAAAGGCUUGUGUGGAGUCGGAAGGGUCUGGUGCGAGUGUGACGUAGUGGAGCGCGCAGCUGGACAUCAAAGAGGAUAAAAGCGACUGUCCGCGGCUCGAUAAGCUCUUUUAGUGAAAGCAGAGGGAGUGUUUGUGCGUCUCUUUCAUCGGUGGCCGGAUCAGGAAUGAGUUCAGCACCGCGGACAGCGACGGAGCGAACUAAACUCCCGUACUGCCACGAAUCUUUCCAUAACCUUCAGGAGUUGAGACACAGUGCAUCUCUGGCCAAUAAGGUCUUCAUUCAGAGAGACUACACAGAUGGCACCGUCUGCAAGUUCCAGACCAAGUUCCCCUCCGAGUUAGACAGCAGGAUUGAGAGGACACUGUUUGAGGACACGGUGAAGACGCUGAAUAAUUACUAUGCAGAGGCGGAGAAGAUCGGAGGCCAGUCCUACCUCGAGGGAUGUCUGGCCUGCCUCACAGUUUACCUCAUAUUCCUGUGCAUCGAGACACGCUACGAGAAGGUGCUGAAGAAGAUCUCGCGCUACAUUCAGGAGCAGAAUGAGAAGGUCUACGCUCCUCGAGGUCUCCUCAUCACAGACCCCAUAGAGAGAGGCAUGAGAGUCAUUGAGAUCAGUGUGUACGAGGAUCGCGGCUCCAGUGCUUCGAGCUCAGGAAGCAGCACAACCAGCAGCAGCGGACGAUGAUUCACACACACACACUCACACACACUCACGCCUGAGCGUCCGCUCAGCAUCGCCAAACACAAACACACCUGACAUGCACUGCCUCCACGAGACACAUCCGCUGUUGGAUCAGCAGCACGUCAUUACCUCAGUCAUUACCACCGUCCUCUCGCAGAUGUUGCACAUCCUCCAGUCACUCGCUGUAGCAUUCUGGGUAAAGUGCACAUGAGCUUCUGUCACUGUAAUAUGCAAUCUCACUCACAAACGCCUGUGAUGUAGCUGCCGAACGGCACUCAACAGUCUUCCAUCUUCAUGAUUGAUCAUCCUUCUGCUCAUUAGCACUUUUACUCUAUUAAACAGAAGUCAGAUUUUAGACUACAGAGAUGUCAAGGACUGACAUCUGACCCCAGAUAUUUUAUACAUUCCCUAGAUACUGCCAUCUUAUUCCACGGGUACGAUUUAUGACUUUAUUGUGUUGUGUUUUAUUUCAUAGUGUGCUAAUCGUUCAUGCUUUGUACUCAUACCGCCGCGUCAGAGCAGAAACGAGUCCUCAAGAGCCAGAGCUUCCUCUCAUGGUCCUUCAUCAUGAGCUUUCAUUUCUCACGGAGAACCUUCGGCCCCUGUUUAUGCAAAGAUCAAGCGUAAAAGAAACUGAGAGUGAUUUUACUGUUGUGUAGCAAAAUAAAUGAACAAUGAUGGCCAACCGAA